ACGUUGACACACACACACACACACACACACACACACACACACACACACACACACACAGAGGGCGUCAGGGAGUUUCUGACGCCGAGUUUUAUUUUUUUUGAGUCGGGAUAACUCCUUGGUGCCAUGGAUAGACCCAGGGCGUCGGCCCUGGCUUUCCUCUUCAGCUGCUGCAUGCUUCUGACAUUUAUUCUCCUGCAGCGGAAUCUGUCUCUACGGGAUGUUGAUCGAAUUCCGGUGACGUCAACAAAAACAGCAGAAGCUACUACCACCACGUCAACUGAAACGCGAACAACCUCCGGUGCGCCGACGAGGGAAACGCCGACGUCAACCGAAAAGCUUGAGUCGACCACUACGACGACGACGACGAGGACGACGAGGACGUCAACAGGCGAGAGAGAGCUCGAGGAGAGGAGGGCGGCGGAAGAAGCUUUCGCGUCUGCUUCGUUGGAAACAGCGAUGGCGGCGAUGGAGACGAUGGAGGCGAUGGCCGAUCCAUUCAGUCGGCUGGCCAACAACCUGGCGAAAGCCGGUGUGAUUGGGGAGGUGGUUGACUCCUUCGUCCCGACUGUGGACCUGAGCGUGAAGUAUGGGGAGCAGACGGUUACGGCUGGGAUAGAGCUAUUACCGUCGGAAACGGCUAUAGCGGCACGUGUCGAGAUAGGCGGCAAUGUAGACCGUGAUCUCUUCACACUCGUAAUGACCGAUCCGGAUGCGCCCAGUCCUCAGAACCCAACCAAGCGCGAGUGGCUUCAUUGGAUAGUCUCCAACAUUCCAGGUGGCACAGAUGAUUUGCAGGCUAUCAACAUUCUAGCAGUCUGUUUCGCUACUUGCUACUACGUGUGUAAGCAGGCGGAGAUCCUUGGCCUCGACACCUCGCUAGCUCAUCUCCAAGACCGCCUUCAGCGGUUGGAGCAGCGACCAGUCGCUGCCGCAGACGCAGGCUCUUCCAACACUACCGACCGCCUCAAUGCAUUGGAGAUGGACGUCGGUGCACUCAAGGAUGGCGUAGAAUCGCAGCAGACCGCGACACAGCAAUUGCAACAACGGAUCUGCACUACCGCCACCACUUCGAGUACAGAACCGCGCGAGACCACUCCAAAGUUCGACGGGCAGGAGAUCUUCUGCGACUCAACGAAGACAGAUCCUAUUCCAUGGUUUCGCAAGUUCGAGCUCACGCUGCAGCUGUCCAACGUCAAGGAACAUAAGCAUCAAGCCUACUUGUACUCUCGCUCAGGGGGCGCGUGCCAGGCUUGGUUGGACAACCUCCUGUCCAAGUAUGGAGUGGUAGCAGCGGACUUGCACACCGUGAUCAGUUGGGAUGAUCUGAAGGCGGCGGGGCACAAGCGGUUCCAGGUGGAGCCGCCAGAGAUCAAAGCCAUGGACAAGCUCAUGGUCUUUGAGCAAGGCACGCUGUCGAGUACGGACUGGAUCGCCGAGUACCAGCGCUUGACGUCAGUCCCAGACAUCCAGAUGGGCUUCAAGGCCAUCCGCCAUUACUUCAUCUCAAGGUCAUGUCCGGCAUUGAGCAAUGCCCUGACGCAUGUCGAAGACACCUUGACGACGACGGCGGAGUUGUUCGACAAGGCUGCGCAGAUCAUUAUCACAAACAMGGAGGCCAAKAACCUUYGUUYWUCUGCRUCAGGCCCGAGCAGGGACCAGCAUCGGCCAAGAGUGGCCGUGGUCGCAGCGGCAACGCCGUUAGACCAAACCAGCGAGGCUGUGUCUGCCAAUGAAGGAGUUCGGAGGAAGGCAAACCCGACGGCGAUCAAGUUGGCGGACGGUAAGACGCAGCAACUUCUCGACCGUUACAUCGAGGMCGUACCGGUCUACUUCGCACCUCAUGCAUGCGAACCGGUCACGUUUGAUAUUCUCGACACGGACUUCGACAUCAUUAUGGGAAUGCCUUGGCCUGCAAGUGCGGAUCACACGGUCAACUUCCAUCGGCGGACUCUUAGCGUUCGGGACGCCUUCGGCGCGGAAGUGGCGUGUACUGUUCCUCUACCGCACUCUUCGAUCCGGUGCCAAGUGGUAACGGCCAAAUCAUUCCGGGCGACUUGUGCCUACGAGCAGCCCGAUGAGAUCGGCCUAUGUUUCCUACAGACCGUCGCGGUAGCCGACUCUUCCCCCACGGACUUGUCUUCGGACCCCCGUGUGGUGCGGUUGCUGGACGAGUUUGCCGAUAUCUUCGAGUCACUUACCGGUGUGGUGCGGGAUCGGCCGAUCUCUCACGAGAUCAUUCUUGAGGCCGGUGCUGUGCCGCCGAAAGGUUGCAUCUAUCGGAUGAGCGAGGAGGAGCUUGAGGUACUCCGCGCACAACUCGAUGAUUUGUUGGCCAAAGGCUGGAUCCGCCCGAGCAGCUCCCCAUAUGGAGCACCUGUUCUCUUCGUCARGAAGAAGAACAAGGAUCUACRAUUGUGUAUCRACUACCGCAAGCUCAACGCGCAAACCAUCAAGAAUGCGGGGCCUCUGCCUCGCAUCGACGAUCUUCUCGAGCGACUGGGCGGCGCGAAGUAUUUUUCCAAGUUGGAUUUGAAAUMGGGAUAUCAUCAAAUCUCRAUCCAGCCGCACGAUCGCUACAAGACCGCGUUCAAGACACGGUACGGGCAUUUUGAGUGGGUGGUCAUGCCUUUUGGCCUCACCAACGCCCCGRCGACGUUCCAGGCGGCGAUGACCAACGAGUUCCGUGCAAUGUUGGAACGGUUCGUGCUGGUCUACUUAGACGAUAUUCUCGUCUACAGUCGGUCAUUGGAGGAUCAUCUGGGGCACCUUCGACGAGUGUUGGAGACGCUCCGCCGCGCCAAGUACAAGGCCAACCGCGACAAGUGUGAAUUUGCCCGGCAGGAGCUGGAAUACUUGGGCCAUUUUGUCACAGUGGAGGGCAUCAGUCCGUUGUCGGACAAGAUUCAGGCCGUCCAGGAGUGGCCGGAGCCUCGGAACGUCACGGAAGUUCGCUCGUUCCUUGGUCUUACCGGCUACUAUCAGCGCUUUAUCGAAGGCUACUCCAAGAUCGCGGCCCUUUUGGUGGCCUGGCCUUCUCAGCGACGUCACGCGUUAUUGCGAGUCUUGCGAGGAACAACCGUCGUGCAGUACGCAGGACCCACUCCCCCAGUUGGCAUGCACAGAUACAUCUUCUUGCUUUUCAGGCAACGGGGAGGACCUAUCGACAUAGCCCCCCCAGCUCAGCGUGCAAAUUUCAACACGCGGAACUUCGCAUCGCAAUAUGGGCUCAGUCUUCCGGUUGCGGGAAUUCACUUCAUUGCCCAGAAGGAGCGCAAAUAAGGUUUCAAAAGCUGUUUCCUUGGCAAGGCCCGAGACUGGAAAAUGGGCCUGGAACUGGAGAAUGGGCCUGGAUCUGGAAUGUGCUUGGAACUGGAAUGGGGCGUGGAACUGGAAUGGGCCUUGCGGGCUGAAGUUACUGCGAUUCUCUCCUUGCUCCGAUGGGAAGGAUUCUCGAGUCUUUGCACCUAUGAUUUGUCCGUUCCGAUGGAAAUUUUCGAAGUUUGGAGAAAUGGCAUGGCUGCUUCCUGGUGGAGAGUGCCCGGCAAACCGCUACUUCCUCGAUGCUCUGCAGAAAGCCGAAAUCAGCCGGCAGGAGGGAUGACAUAUGGUGUGCCUUCUUGGAUUGUCUAAGUAGAGGGUUGAUGCGCAUCGACUUCGUUAGUCCCACCGUCGCUAAGAGUUUUGAUAAGGAUCAGUCUGCCAGCUGACGAUACAUGGCGUUUCGGCGUUUCCGUUGCUGUUUUGGUGCCUGUUUCCGAGCCAGAGGAAUGCCAUGCCCGCAAGAGACAGUGGGAGUGCGGUUGAUCUGUGUCUUCCUGAGUGCUGCAGUCACUAGAAGACAGGACCAUGAGGGUUAGUUGAGUGCUGCUUGAUGACGGGGCGAAGUUGUAACAUAGAAGGAUGUAGACGCUAUUAGAAAGCGAUAUGCUGGAUUAUAGCAGCAGAAGUUCAUAAAACUGUGUAAUAAAUCAUAGGCAUAAUUUGGUUGUCAUCUGUGAAGGUUGAUGCACAGGGAUGUAGGGGUUUAUAAAAGUGGGAUGCGUGGACGUGGAGGCCAUGCCAUGAUGUCACACUGCACAGGGCUUGUGACAUGCCUGUUUUUUUUGUUUUUUUUUUGUCCCGCAGCAUGCGCUACUGCAAGGUUUGCAUGCUUGAACUCUUCAUCUGAAAUCACCUGAUUCCCGCUUGAGGCGAACACCUGCUGUAAGGCGGGAAGAUGGGGCUGUGGGCCAAUUUAGUCCUAUAGAGAGAGACUUGUACAGAAAUAGACACUGGCACAGUUGACAAUGCUUGCGACACAGCACACAACAUGACAGGUGCCUUAUCCCCUGGGAUCAGGGGUAUGGGCCCGUCGGGACCACAGCGAAGAUCGGAGUUUGUUCCGACUUUGACAGAAGGAAACAGUGCCACAGUUGCUGGAGCCUCCACAUCUCUGUGAUAAUUUGGUAACACAUGUAUAGUUAGUCAGUUUGGUGGGGCAUGCGACUGUCCUCUUCUUUUUUUUUCUUUUUUUUCCCUCUCUUUUAUGCCUCUGACCGUCAUAUGUCUCUUUCGUCCUCAAAUUCCUUUUGUAGCAAUAUAUUUUGUUUUUCUGGGUCCUCCUUCAGCACAUGGCUGGGACUGGUUGGAUCUGGAACUGCAUGGAUGGAUUGGGAACAGGAACUCCAUGAGUGGAACUGGAACCAGAACUGGAACUGCAAUGUGCCAGGACUCCUAAAGAUUAGAUAGAAUGAAAGCCAAUUUCGAAU